GUGUUCGAUUGGACGAGUCUGCGCAGGUAGUCGACUCAACUGCCGUUGGGAGUAAAAAAAAACUAUUUUUCUUUUUGACGAGCACACAGCGACGGAAGGAAGUGACUCUUAUAUGGACGCGGUGGCGACUUAUGUCUCUUGUUUUUAACCAGUAAAUAAUGCACCGCGUCAGACUUUUCCUGAAGAAACGUGUCAACAAGACAACAGUUUUUGUUUGUGACUUUCGCUGAACGUUUCCUGAUUCGUCUGCUCGGCGUCGAGGCCAGAGCCCCAACCUGUCCUCUUCAUACCCACCUGCUGCUGCUGCCGCCGCCGCUGCUGCUCCCCCCACACACAGGUGUCCUCCCAGGCGGGUGUUGGAAGUCUUCUUCACCAUUAUGUUCCACUUUUCAUUAUAGGUGCACGCAUCACCAUGUUGCUUUAUGUGUUCUUCCUCCUCCUUCAUCUGCUGUCAUGUGGAGACUCGGCCUGCACCAGGACCUUACUCUCCCAACAGGAACAGGACCAAGAAGAAGUGUUUGUAGAAUCUGGGGACGCAAAUUCAUUCCUGGGUCGCCAUCUGCUGUUCAACCGGUUCGACUUUGAGAUUUUCGUUCCUGGAAACCUGGAGCGGGAGUGUCAUGAAGAAGUGUGCAACUACGAGGAGGCCAGGGAAGUGUUUGAGAACAUCCCUGCUACAGAUGAUUUUUGGGAGAAGUACAAUGCAGAAAAGCGUCCCUCGCGAGUUGAUGUGACGUCUCUCUUGGUGGGGCUCAUUGUCGCCGGGGUGGCCAUCGUCGUAGCGGGCCUCCUGCUCUGGUAUUUCUGUCAAGGCAAAUGCAAGGGCCGUGCAAGUUCUGUCCGGGUCCGCCGGAGGAGGAGUAAUGCCACUUUGAUAAUGCGGCGGUUAGAGGAGGUGUCCUUACAGCCUGUGCACCCGCCGGCCUGCCCGCCCCUUGAGGUGGAAGUCGACCUCCCAGGACUGCCUACCUAUGAGCAGGCCGUCGCCAAAAGUGGACAGCAUGAUGCCCCACCUCCUCCCUAUCCUGGCUCACGGCCUGGAAGUAUUCGCCGAUAGCGCCUCCAGGAUUCAGAAGCAUAUAGAAGCACGUCGCUCAACCUGUUGUGUACCAUUUUUAUGACAAGUUUCAAAUGCCUUAUGUUAAUUGCUCUGUUUGAACGGUCUCUUUUUCAUCUUACACAUACACAGACCAGAUCAUUUCUGGUCUGUUGGUGGAUUUUUACCUCUUCAUUCUUGACCAACUUGUGCCAGAAAGUAGAUGUGUGCCAGCCCAUACAAUUUUCUCUGCCAUGGCUACAUCCAUAUUACUCCAUGUUCACCUCAAAAUUGCAUACAUUAUUACUAUUCAUGUGUUCAUGUGAAAAGUCCUGGACUGGGAUUUAGUCUUGACAGAGACCAUGACGCGGUCACAUGCGUUCACUUUCAGUUUCACCUUGUCACUGUUUUUUAGUUGUGGUUUCUCAAACAACUGCAAAGAGUAGAAUCAGCUUCCUGUUUACAUUGGCACACGCAUGCCCAGUGUACCUUAAAUGGUCACAUGACAUAUGUUUUGGGCUCUUUCUCUUUUUGUUUUUUCAAUUGAUUAUCUAGUAUGAAUGUAAUCUGUGUUUAUUAAUUUAACUUCCACCCUAUGAUGAACAAGAUUUAUAAUACAUUUG